UUGCAAGCUACGCAUCAUUUCAACGUCGCACUUUCAUUACUCUUUUGACUUAUAUCACUCCUCUUUGUAUAUUAAUGCGACAUUAUAUUCCCUCUUAACCCAAAUUAUAACCACUUCCCUUUUUCCCUGUUUUUACUUGUUUAUCAUUUAGUUGGUAACUUCCUUCAUUUCCUUUCUCUUUAAACUGUAUAAAUACUUUUGCUAAAGAGUGAAUAUAAUCUUUCAAUUGUCAUGCAAAAAAGAAAAAGAUCAUUCAAAAGUCAUAAACUCCUAGAAGACAGAGGAACAAUUUUUCUCCUAUGAAGAACUGUCUUAGCUUCUUUUUCUGCUUUUGAGAUUGGCUUUUUGCUCUUUUCAUUUUCUUUAAAUUAAGUGUUAUUAGAGCUGUGAAAGAGCAACAAAAAAUAACUGAGAAGUGAUUAGAAGGUGACAGGAAAAAAAGAAGCAAUGGAGAAAUACUCUGGUGGGCUGAGUCACCUAUUCAUGACAGUAUUUUUUAGUUGCUUCUCCGCAUCCAUGGUGAUUCCACCUAUGACUGAUAUCACUUUAUCAGCCAUUUGUCCAGGCCAAGAUGAAUGUUCACUUGCUAUUUACCUCUCCGGAGUUCAACAAGCGAUAGUAGGAUUGGGAUCACUAGUAAUGAUGCCAGUGUUGGGGAAUUUGUCAGACACAUAUGGGAGAAAAGUCAUGCUUACUGUUCCCAUGACUCUUUCCAUCUUCCCUCUAGCGAUAUUGGCAUACAGCAGGACAAAAUACUAUUUCUACGCUUACUAUGUGCUUCGGACCCUCAUUGCCAUGAUUUGUGAAGGAAGCGUUCAGUGUCUUGCUCUUGCCUAUGUGGCUGAUAAUGUACCAGAAAGUCGACGGGCCUCUGUUUUUGGAGUCCUCUCAGGGAUUGCCUCCUCUGCUUUUGUCUGUGGAAACCUCUCUGCUCGCUUCCUCUCGACUGCUUCCACUUUCCAAGUUGCUGCAGCAGUGGCAGUGAUAGCUUUAGCAUACAUGAAGAUGUUCCUCCCUGAGUCGACAAUGAAAAGUAACAUUUGUUCGAAAGAAACCCAGACCAUAUGUCUAUUGGAAAAAGCUCCCAAGAAAGGCUUCCAAUUUUUGAAGACAUUGCCUUCUUUCAGCGAUAUGCUGUGCUUAUUAAAGACCAGCUCGACAUUCUUACAUGCUGCUAUUGUUUCCUUCUUUGUCAAUGUUGCACAAGUUGGCCUUGAGGCUUCUUUACUUUAUUUCUUGAAGGCACAAUUUCACUUUAACAAAACUCAAUUUGCUGAUUUGCUGAUAAUUUCUGGGAUAGCAGGAUCCAUUUCACAGCUACUUCUCAUGCCCAUAUUAGCUCCUGCUUUUGGAGAAGAGAAGUUGCUUUCUAUUGGCCUCUUCUUCAGUUGUCUUCAUAUGUUGCUUUUCAGCAUUGCUUGGUCCACUUGGGUCCCUUAUGCUAGUGCAUUAAUCUCAACUUUGUCUAUUUUUGCAAUGCCAUGUUUAAAGAGCAUUGCAUCUAAACAAAUCGGACCAAAUGAGCAGGGAAAAGUCCAAGGAUGCAUCACAGGCAUCUGUUCAUUCGCAAGCGUAGUUUCUCCACUAAUUUUUAGCCCUUUAACAGCUUUAUUUCUAUCGCAAAACGCGCCUUUCCAUUUCCCAGGAUUCGGCAUAGCCUGUGCUGCUUUUGCAUCUAUGCUAGCCUUCAUUCAGAGUCUCUUGAUAAAGCCUGAUGAAGCUGUAACCAGUUGUACUCUAAAUGAUUCAAACUUAGCAGAGCCAUAGCCUUGCAAUUGGAGUAACCAGAUUGUGUAUAGUUCAAUAUAUUCAACUUCCUUAGUACUUUAUUUAUUUAUUCCAUUUUGAAGCCAAGAUCUUAGUUACUUGAGCCUCUUCCUAAUAGGAUAUUAAGAAUCCGUAGAAAUGUACUAUGGUCUGAGUAGAUAUUUAAGGUCCUUUUGUAUGUUAUUCUUAGAAGUGAAAUGCAAUAUUAUGCACCAACAUUAUUGCCUUUGUUUUCAAGAAAUAUUUCUAAUACAUCAUCUAUAUAGUAGAAAUCAUUUGGAUGGAA